ACGGGUAAUAAGAUGCAAAGUAACGGUCUCAGUUAAAUCAGUUAUAAUUCGCGUGCGAACGCGUAAGCAACGGUCCAACGAUCGCGCUCGUGGUUAAUAUAGUGAUCGUGUGCUGAAUUAAGUAGAAGUGUGCCAAAACUGGAAAAAAGGACAUUCUCGAAGGACUCUAAGCAGUGUUUGUGUAGUGUUUUGUAACGGCAAUUAAAGAAACUUUUUAUGUACUUUUCCAAAUAAAAGAAAGCAUUGCAAUUUCAACUUUUGUAAGCCAUUCAGCAUGCUGCCUAAAAUGAAUGUGGACGAAGUGCGCGUUAGCCUGCAGCGCUUCGGCUGGCCCGAUUAUGUGGUGUUCGUUUUAAUGUUAACCAGCUGUGCGGUGAUCGGUAUUUAUUUUGCGCUGCAAAUGCGUCGUGAGGCGAAGGCACGCAAAUCGCUUACGACAGAGGAUGCCGAGGAUGCUUAUUUGGUGGGCGGCAGGAAUAUGAAGAUUUUCCCUAUUGCCAUGUCGCUGAUAGCGAGUUUCAUAUCAGGCAUUACGCUAUUGGGCACACCCACAGAAGUCUAUCUCUUCGGCACACAGUAUCUCUAUAUCAUGGGCUCGUUGGUCAUCAUGGGUUUCGUGCUUUACUAUUUCUUUUUGCCAGUAUUCCAUGAUCUCAAAUUAAUAUCCACAUAUCAGUAUUUGGAGUCGCGUUAUGAUCGGCGCAUGCGUCUCUUUGGUUCAGUGCUCUUCAUGUUCGGAUCGUUAUUAUGGCUGCCAAUUGUCAUUUAUGUCCCCGCACUGGCCUUCAAUCAAGCCACGGGUGUUAAUAUACAUCUGGUAACGCCGAUGGUUUGUCUCGUGUGCAUUUUCUACACAUGUGUGGGUGGUCUGAAAGCUGUCGUUUGGACCGAUGUUGUGCAGACGAUUAUUAUGUUUGGCGCUAUGGUUUUGAUCAUUGUCAAGGGCACCAUAGAUGUGGGUGGAUUUGGUGAGGUUUAUCGUAAAGCGCAGGAGAGUGGACGCAUUGAAUCGCCAAACUUCACCUUUGAUCUUACCGAGCGUUACACUGUUUACUCGCUCUUUAUUGGCGGUGUUGCUCAUUGGCUGAAAUCGAAUGCGAUCAGUCAGAACAUGAUCCAACGCUAUCUCUCGCUGCCGAAUAUGAAAUCGGCGCGUACCGCACUGUGUCUCUUCAUAUGCGGCGUUCUGACUUUCAUAUGUGUUUGCGGCUACAGCGGUCUGCUGAUCUAUGCGACCUACCACGAUUGCGAUCCGCUGCAAACAAAGCUUGCCAAACGAAAUGAUCAACUACUGCCGCUACUUGUCAUGGAAAUACUGGGCGACUAUCCUGGCUUACCGGGUCUCUUCGUUGCUGGCGUCUUCAGCGCUGCGCUCUCUUCACUCUCCACUGGCUUGAACUCUAUGUCGGCUGUGAUGCUUGAGGACUUCUUCAAAUCGUUUGCAAAAAAGCCACUCACUGAGCGUCAGACCGCGCUGAUAAUGCGUUUCGUAGUCAUCAUCUUCGGUGCCAUAUGUGUGAGCUUGGUUUUUGUUGUAGAAAAACUAGGUACAGUGCUACAAUUGACCAUAACUUUAUCGUCCGUGGCGAACGGUCCGCUCUUGGGCAUCUUCACGGCGGGUGUGAUGGUGCCCUGGAUCGAGGGAAAGGGCGCUCUAGUUGGUGGCCUUAGCAGUCUCGUCUUCAUGGCCUGGAUGUGCAUACGCGCUCAGGCAGAUCUCGCUAGCGGCGCUGUAAGCUACCUACGCAAGCCACAUACCAUAACGGGCUGCAAUUACACCUUCAUAGAUUUUGCUUCGAUGAGCAUGAUAGCUGAAAAUGUUACUGGGCAUACGACAGUGCACUCGCAAAACGACACUUUUCACAUCUACAACAUCUCAUAUCUCUUCUACACAAUGAUCGGCUCGCUAAUAACAAUCGUGAUUGGCUUGAUCACCAGCUUUCUCUUGGGCCCCAAUAAGCUGGAGAACAUGGACACAUUGCUACUGUCACCCUGUGUGCGACGCUGGGUCGACCGCUACAAGGCGCGAAGAGUGCUAGAAAAUGAAACACAACAACAAAAUAAAACACCGACAAAAGCGCUGGAAAUGGACAAAUUGAAGUUAACGAAGCUGUCAGAGAAGCCUACGUAAAAUUAAGCGAGUACGAGAGACGCCAGUGAAGAAUCAAAGCAGCUAAUAAGUUAAUUUAUAUUUAUUGAAGGCUUUAAGCGAGCUACCAAAGAACAUUAGCGAAGAAAUUAAGUUUAAUAUUAAUUUAGAGUGUGUAAAGAGGGGAAAAUAUAUUGGUGUAGCCUACAUUCAGGCGCUACUAUUUAUUUAAGUCAAUAAUUGUAAAUAUCAAGCAUUAGUAGAGAAGUUGUAGUGUGUAGUUGCCACAUUUAGCAUUAUAAAUAGCAAUAAGCAAAAAAAAAGAAAUACUAAAAUAAAAUGUUCCUAUAAAUUAUUGUACAUAAAUACAAACAAAAAGUAUGCUCCCAUCAAUAUUUUUUUGCUUUAUUUGGGUUUAAUUACGACGAUUAUAUUACUGAAACCCACACAUAUGUAGCUUCAAAUAAUACUUCAAAGCCUGCCUCCCGGGCAACAGCGGCAUAUAUUGUAUGUAUGUAUGUAUUUUUUUUAAUGUUUGCCACCUCUAACUAUCCAUCGCAGACUGAUUCUUUCACCCUAAACACAAAAAAUGCCCACUGGCGCGUUGGACCCAUCACUAACCUCAAACUAAUGACCCGCAUUUUGCCUAUGCACCCCUGUUAAUUGUUAACUAAACCCUUUUGCGGCACUAAAAAUUCGUCUUUCAUCUUUUUUCAUAGUGUCGGCUGUCGGUCCCACUAGGUUUGUAUGCGAAAAAGGUCACUCUACCAUAUGUUACGUAAUGUUUUUGAAAGUUAAUUGAAAAUUUGUGUCUUUCUGACCAACAACAAGCUUCGUUGUUAUUGUAAGUAAUUAGUAGUUGUUUUUGUUUAUUUGGUUUGUUGUCUUUGGCUGCUGUGGUGAGUUAUUUGUUUGUGGUUAGAUAGAACUUAAUUGAAUAGUUAAUGAUUUGUGUAGAUUUUAAAAGAAUUUCAA